AUGCUGUGGUCUGAGAUCGGCAGCACCCCUCAGAUCGAGCGUUCAGGGAUGGACGGUUCAAAGAGGAAGGUGGUGGUGAGCCGAAACCUGAGCUGGCCGGUCAGUCUGGCCUACGACCUGCUGGACAACAGAGUGUACUGGGCUGACGAGAAGAUGCGCUGCAUUGGCUCGGCCUCUCUGGAUGGAGACAACGUCAAGAUCCUCCAGUUAGCUGAAACUCCAAGCCCUUUUUCUGUGGCAGUCUUCAAUGAUCGUCUUUUCUGGUCUGACACCAAGAGAAGAACCAUCCGCUCGGCUGACAAGAACACUGGGAAAGAUCAAAAGGUUCUUCUGAAGAGACCAGGGCAGCCGUUUGGACUGAAACUGAUGCAUACCCUUUCCCAGCCGGCCGUCUCCAACCCUUGUGACCAGCUGCGAUGCACCCAUCUCUGCCUUUUGGCCCCGGCAGGUAAAUCCAGAUCUGGAGCAGCAGGAUCUCCGGCAGGAAGGGGGCCGAGUGCAGUGUGUCGAUGCCCAAAGGGGCUGCUGCUCUCCAAGGACAACAUGACCUGCUCUCUGCCUCGGGAGUCCUCGUUCAUCCUGCUCUUGUCUCAGAGGAUGAUUUAUCAGGACCAGGAUCUGUGGACGUUCUGA